AUGAAGCAUAUCGUAUGUGGUGUCCUCCUGAUCGCCCUGACCGUGGCCGCGGAGCAGGAGCCGAUGAACCCGGGUGUUCGUGCCGCCCUGCGUGUUUACGAUGAGUGUCAACGUGCCGAGGGUGGGUUCAGUGUGUGCCUCAAGAAGAAGGCCAUCACGUUCAUUGAUCGUGUGACCAAAGUGGAUGCCAUAAAUAUCGGUGAGGGUGUUAGAGUAGUCCGCAGUGCCGACAGCCCCGUCGUGGACGUGCCCAAGUCCUUGGGUGAGGAUCUGGACAAGAACUUGCCCAGAAACGCAGAGGCCAGGGAUGAUGCACUCUCCACCAUGCUGGCAGAUCGCGUGGCGCGCUUCCUCAGCAGCAGAACAGUCAUGGUCAGUCUGCCGAAAGUCUCCUCAGACGAGCUCGGUCGGUCAGUCGAAGAAGGCCGCGGCAAGAUGAAGAAGAUGAUGAGCAUGAUGAUGAUGGGCUUCGCUAUGAAGAUGGCAGCAAUGAUCCCCGUAGCGAUAGCCGGACUGUACUUGCUCGCGGGCAAGGCACUCAUCAUCUCCAAGGUAGCCCUCCUCCUGGCGGGAAUUAUCGCCCUGAAGAAGCUGCUGUCGCAGAAGAACAGCGGCGGAGGUGGCGGCGGCGGAGGAUGGUCUAGCGGCGGAUCCGGCGGAUGGUCGUCCGGAGGUGGUGGUGGUGGACACGGUGGCGGAUGGGACAGGCGAUCCCUCGAGGCCCAGGACAUCGCCUAUAGGGGAUACAUCACUCAGUAG